AUGGAUCAAAUCAUAGGAUUAGUGACGCAGUAUACCGACAAAAGGCACGAAGAUGAUUUUAUUGAUCGGCUCAAUUUUCAGUAUACUUCUUAUGUAUUCGCACUUUCAGCACUAGUCAUCGGAUAUAAUACUUAUUUCGGAACAGCAAUCUCUUGUUGGACACCAGCAGAGUUCAAAAAAGGAUGGGUCGAGUACACAAGAGAUUAUUGUCUGAUUGAAAACACAUACUACGUACCACUGGAAGAUCCAAACAUGCCACCAGAACAUUAUCGAGAAGAACGAGAGCUCACUUAUUACCAAUGGGUUCAAUUCAUUCUCGUAUUCCUCGCGUUUCUUUUCUACCUUCCGUAUUUGUACUGGAGUACUGUCAACUGGUGGUCAGGUCUUCAAGUAAAGGCAGUAGUAGCAGCAGCUUGUAAAUUGAACAAAACUGAUGUGAAGGGUCGGCAGGAUCAAAUUGAGAAAAUCGCGAGUCACUUGAAGAAAUUUAUUGAUAGACAAGGAAGAAAGAGUCCGAUUCCAUUUAUUCCAAAUGCGAUUGGAAGGAAUUGGGUGUCGUUCAACUAUGUGUUGACCAAGUCUCUUUUCGUUAUAAACUUGUUCGCUCAAAUGCUUUUGAUCCACUUUUUCUUGGGUUUCGAUAUGGACGAUUUCUUGAGUCUAAAAGUUGGAUUUGGAAGCAACUGGAUUGCUGAUGGAAUCUUCCCAAGACAGACAAUGUGCGACUUUGAAGUUCGCAAGAAAGGAAGCAUCCAAAAAUACAGUGUCCAAUGUGUUCUUUCCAUGAACAUGCUGAACGAAAAGAUCUUCCUAGCCCUCUUCUACUGGCUUCUUGCUCUUAUUAUUCUCACGGUCACGAACCUAAUUCUUUCGUUGCAACACUUUUUCCGAGCCUCUUCUAGAGAAGCUUUCGUCAGAAGAAUGCUCACUGCAGGAGGACAUGGAUCAACGGAUGAUGAUACUGGAAGUCAGAGAGAUGAAAAAGAGCCAUUGGUUGAUAGACCAACUAAAUAUUCGAACGAUUACAAUCGAAUUCUAUCAGUCAACCCAGAUGUCGUCGUUGUUCUUCAUUUGAUCGCCAAGAACGCUGGAGACAAUGUUUGCCAGAGUGUAGUGAAUGUGUUGUUCAAGAAGCUUUCAGAAUAA